AUAAGACCAGCUCUAUAUACACUGCGUAGGCCUAUCAUUCCUAUCUUGGCACUGUGUGAGUCCGGUGUGUGAGCUCCCGAUAAGAGAGGAUGAUUCGGAUACUUUUCGCCAGCCUCCUGGCUGUUGUCUCCCACGGAGACUUGGAUGCAAGGCUAGGAGUCGCCUGGGACAAGACGACAGCCACACUCCAGACAGCCAAAUUCGCCUUCUCCGUCAGUAACGGGAAGGUUCAGUGUUCAGACUGGACGGUUGGGAAAGACUGGUCCACCUGGACUGAUGUGGCGAACCCGACGGGUGUGCUGCCGGUGUCUAAUCCGUCACUGGUCCAUGACCACAAGAACGCCACCCUUGUCUUCAUCCAGGGGAAUGACGGACAGGUCUACUUCAAGGAGCAAAUCAAAUCAUCGUGCAGCGGCUUCUCCGCUUGGAACAGAGUCAGCCCGAAGACACAACUUCCUUUCAACAAGACAGCGCUGGCGCACAUCAUCGGGAAAGACAGCGUCACAGCCCUGCGGUCACAUCAGGACAACACGCAGAUUUACGUCUUCGCCAGGUCCUACGCGUCCCCGUCACAAUUCUUCUACACGGUCUUCGAUGGCGUGAACUUCACCCCUUGGUACAACCUCGGAGGGAGUCUGCUCUCUGACUUCAGUGUGGUGGGCAACCCCUACUCGCUCUGGUUCGAGGCGUUCUCGGUGCAGACGGACGGAUACGUGCAUCACAUCUGGCAGCACAAGGGCACAAUCUGGUCUUCAUGGUCGUCAUCAUUUGGUUCAGGGCAACCCGCAGUGGUACCGACCACCCGCCCAGUGUCGCACGCUAUGAGUGGAAGCUUCUUCAAUGGGCGGCUGGAAGUGUUCGCACUGGGGAAGGAUGGCUUGCUGCAUCAUAUCUGGCAGACGACGUGUGAUGCUGUCCCGAAUCUCUGGGGCUACUGUACCUGGUGGAUCUGGUCCAAGAUUGACAAACAGGUGCCAGCGCCCCUGUCCUCAAUCAAUGGCUUCAGCAUCGGUACCAACGUCCACCUUGGAAACGAAGCAUUUGUUUUUGCAAAGGAUUACAGCGUGCACCACAUAUACCAGUUAGACCGCGGAGACAACUGGAGCGACUGGGCAUCCAUCGGCCGACCGCCUUCCUCAGUCGGAUCAUUGCCAAAAGUAACUGAAUACGUAGCAGGAUGGUGGGCUGUCAACUUCGCAACAUCUUCGAAGGUUAUAACAAUGACACAAAACCGGACCAUCCGUCCCUCCGUGGCGAGCUUUCCCUACAAGACCAACACGACCGUGCAGUGGGACGCACCCGUGGACGAGGCAACUCAUAAAGAUUGGAUCGGAGUAUACCCCGCCGGAGUGGACAACGAAAGAUAUAUCGACUUCAGAUAUGUGCAAGGAGGGCAGAACCCGCUGAAGGACCCCGUCCCUAAGGGGAAUGUGACAUUCAAUCUCUUCCUUCCCAAGGGAUAUUAUGAUGUUCGAUAUCUAGUCAAUAAGCAGUUUGUUGAUGUCAUGAGUACAGGUAUUUCAAGCACAUCGUCUUCCAAAGAUCCCGAGUGGAUUCAGGUGUUCCAGGGCCUGGUGACGGGGAUGGGAAAGGAAGGCCUCAACAUCACCGGCUGCGUCAAGGAUGGAGAAGCUACAGUGGAGACAAUUGAGAAAGCUGUGGAUGCAUUUGAGAAUAGAGACAUCUACAAAGGUCUCCAGCUGAUAGGGCAAGCGUUAAAGGACUUGUACGAUGCGUACAUGGCCUGCGGUGAAACGGACAUUGCCAACAAACUGAUUGCAUUCGUCAACGACCUCAUUUCCUGCACCGAAGGCUCAUGUAUGAAGUUCGUCAUCGACUUGGCGAAGGAGAUCCUGGUCUUAUACGAGGACAUUUAUGAAAUCUUUGGCGACAUCAAGGCCGCUGUGAACUCGAUCAAGAUUUUAAAGGCUUACGAGCAAGGCUGCGUUUGUAUUGGCCGGGUUGUGGCAGCGUGCAUCUCUCUUCCCAGGGUGCAAUAUUUGGAGACUGAGGCACCGCCAGUUAAGGUGCAUGAUGGGAAGUUAAGUUGGUGGAAUGCAUUUGGAAGUGUAACGGAGCAUGAGCGCUUGUAAAGCGAUUUGUUCAAGGACUAAAACAGCUGAACAUGAUCAUGAUUAUUUAUAUGAUUCGGUGAUAAUAUGACCUGAAAUUGAUCUCGUUCUUUUCAUUCAAAGGCAGAUUCACAAAGAGACAAAUUUUUUUGGCCGAGACCAACACUCUCCUGAAAUAGGAGGAAGCAACUCGGGAAUAUCAGUACUUGUAAAGUGAUUUUAUUAAGGAGUUAAACUGCUGAAUCUGCUCAUGAUCAUCCAUAUGAUUCUGUGAUAUGAAAUCAAAUGAAGCUCAUCAUGGUCCAUCCUUUCGAAGAAGUGGGCGACAAAGGUGUAACACACGAUGUUACUUAUGACACAUUGUGCCCACUGUCUUGUCAUUUGUCAAGUCUGAGCACCGCACAAACAUGUUUAUGACAAGUGACAGCGGCAUAACACACUCUAUGUAAACCAUGCUUUGACACAUCAUGAAUUAUAUGUAAACACGGUGUUAUUAGACAACUUGAAUGAUUAACUCAACACACUUCUGUAAACAUUUUACAUUUUAUUUUCCUUCGCAUUUGAAGUUCUGGAACGUAGCGUAUAUGUAAAGGUCAUGAAAAUAAACCAAACUUUAUUGAAAG